ACUUGAAAAUCAUGGAAUUUAGAACAAUCUAUCUGCUGAUGCUCUGCUGUUUCAUUCAUGUCUGUGAUCUUUCUCCACUCAUCCGUCCCAGUAAUGGACUCAAUGAGUGUCGCAAAAACUCUGCUUUAACAGCACUGGAGGUUCUUCCAGGUGGUGGUUGGGAUAACCUACGCAACAUUGAGAUGGGACGAGUGAUGGACCUGAGCUAUUCCCAGUGCCAGACCACUGAAGAUGGUGUUUAUCUCAUUCCUGAUGAAGUCUUAGUCAUUCCCCGGAAAGAGAGCGGAGUGGAAACAAACUCUGAUAUCAUCAUGUCAUGGUUGGAGGAGAAAAGCUCACUUUCACGCUCCAUAAAUGCAGAUGCAUCUUAUCAGUCUAUGAUCAAUGGAAAAUUCUCAGAAGACAACCAACGUAUAAAAACCCACCAAGUGAAAGAGAAUUCGGUAACAGCUCGGGUUCAAGUAUAUAAUCGUCUGUAUACAGUGAAGGCAUAUCCAAAUUUUGCUCUGGACUCUUCCUUUGCUGAACAGGUCAUGGAAAUAGGAGACGCUAUUGAGAAAAAUCAAACACAUCAAGCAACUUACCUGUCAGAGAAACUUAUUCUUGACUAUGGUACUCAUGUUAUCACAAGUGUUGAUGCCGGUGCCACUUUAGUGCAGGAGGACUAUCUGAAAAAGCCUUAUGUCUCUAACAGUCAGUCAGACAUGUCUUCUAUCUCUGCAUUAGCAGCUUUUAACUUUUUUGACAAAGUAAAAUUUGAAAUUGGUGGAAAUGAUACUCAAGUAAGGUCUAAAAUAAGCAGUUAUCAGAGUAGCAUCACAUAUUCUUUAAUUCAAAGUCAUGGAGGGGCUUUAUUUUACCCAGGCAUCACUCUACAGAAGUGGCAGGAGAGCACGCUCAAUAAUCUGGUGGCUAUUGAUUGCUAUGGACUGCCAUUGCACUAUUUUCUCAAUCCAUCGACAUUUCCAGACCUAGAGCAAGUAAUUUCUGAACUAGUUUUGUUAGUCAAAGAGGCUGCAGAGCGUUACUACAAAGUAAACACAAUUCCAGGGUGUUUGGAUCCAGAUUCCAAAAAUUUUGACUUCCAGGCAAAUGUGGAUGAUGGAUCUUGUGAGGGUCCGGUUACUAAUUUUAGCUUUGGUGGUGUUUACCAAACAUGCACUCCAUUGACGGUAGAUGGAAAUAUCAUCUGUAACAAACAAAACAAUCGAGCCACUGGUGAUUUUUCAUGUCCUCAGCCGUACACUACCACCCUAUUACGGUCUGAGACAAUAGAAGAGGGGUAUUAUCAUCCUGAUAAAAUCGAGAAAUGUGUUUCUUGUGGGUUUCUAUGGAUUUUGCAAUGUUGUGAUACGAGUGUUAAACUAAAUUAUUUAGUCCGUCGCGCAAUGAUUGAAACCUUUUGGUGUUUCACAACUGAGAAAAUCCCUGAUAAUUCUGGGUACCUGUUUGGAGGUCUUUAUGGACCAUUUUUGCCAAACCCUAUAACAAAAUCCAGCAGCUGUCCUGACAACUUCAUUGCUCAAAAACUAUUGUCUAAUGGCAUGAUGGUUUGUCUGAGCAAAGAUUAUACAACAGGAACCAAAUUCUCAGUUCCUUUUGGUGGUUUCUUUAGCUGUCAGGCUAAAAAUCCUCUUGCACAAAAUCAGUCUCGCUGUCCACCUCAGUUCAGCCAAAAUUUAGCUGCCAUUAGUGAUGGUUGUGAGAUAUUGUACUGUGUCCAGUCACCCGUGUUCACUGGUGGCGAUUUAAAGCCUGCUCGCCUUCCACCUUUUACAAAUCCACCACUGAUCAGCAAUGCAACAAACACUGUGGAUAUAAUGACAGAAGGCGAACGGUCCUGGGUGAGAGUUAAAGGAACUAAGACAUGGCGACUGGCAGAACCUGAUGAAAUUCAAAUGGCAUUAAUGCUUGACACAUCUGGAGGAGAGAAGGCUGGUCUAGCCUUUAAUGCAAUGGUUGUUUUUGUAGUAGGAGCAUUUAUUUUGUAACAAGGAGAUUUUUGGCAGCAGAAAAGAGAGAAUAAAUGCUUCAUAGUAAGGGACUAGAAAGAUAACAGAACAAAUUAAAUCAUUUUAAACAUGGUGAUGGGUAUAGUGGUGUCAUAUAAGAAGUAAAAAUAAAAAAUUCAACAUUACUUUACAAUUACUUAUCUUUAAAUUCAA